UUAACAUUGCCAAGUUGUAGUUCUCAAUCCCACAUGAUUCGAGUUGGCUUAUCAUUGGGUAGUAUAAAACUAAAAUGUGAGUGUGAACCCGAAAUGGAACAGAAAAAGAUUCUUCGUCGCGACCAGUCUUAUUACGUCAAGUUUGGAUCUUCGGACGAAGGACUUUUACUCGAAGAAUGCAUCUCGCUCACCACGUACACAAAAAUCAUUUUUACGUUGAGCCAAAAAAUUUGCAAGAAAACUGAGUUGGCCUCUACAUCAAAAACGAUCCUUGCACCAUUCAAAUACGUUGAAUACAAAAUUGCAAUUUUCGAAGAAGUUAAUGGAAUCCUCAAACGAUUCACUGGAAAAAAGAACAUGAAUUAUCACACUUUCACCGGUCCAAAUCAUCGCAGGGUUUCAGCCAACAUCUUGCUAACUGAUCGUAUUGAAGAUGUGGUCGAUUUCAGCGAUUAUGAACUCCGCCUUUCAAUAAUGGUGAAAGAGCCCAUUGCGCAUGGGUGGACUUCUGAAUUUAAAUUUUAUUAAAUUAAAAAUGUAUAACCUUAAAAUAAACGUUAAA